AUGACUGUCGAGCAUAUCCCCGUCCCAGAGGCCGUCCCGGAACAGACCAAGCCCGCCGAGGGCGUCACCGACGAGGACCGUGCCGCCCUCCGCACCAGGUACCUCGAAGAGCGCGACAAGCGUAUCCGCGCCGACGGCACGCAGCAGUACAAGGAUCUCAAGGGCAUCCUCAAGCUGUCCGACGACAAGGACCCGUACACCGAGGUCAAGCCGCGCGAGCCGCUGUCCGACCAUGUCGACUUCCUGUUCUUGGGUGGCGGGUUUGCCGCGCUCACCGUGUGUGCGCGUCUCAAGGAAGCCGGAUUCAACAACAUGCGUAUCCUUGAUUCGGGAGGCAACUUUGGAGGAGUAUGGUACUGGAACCGGUUCCCAGGAGCCAUGUGCGACACUGCCGCUAUGGUCUACCUUCCGCUCCUUGAGGAGGUGGGUACUCGCCCCAGCGCAAAGUACGUCCGCGGGCCGGAGAUUCUCGCGCACGCCCAACGCAUUGCCAAGCACUACGGGCUGUACGAACAUGCUCUUUUCAGCACACAUCUCGAGAGCCUCACUUGGGAGGAAGAGGGCCAGCAGUGGCGCGUCAAGACAAAGGAGGGCGACAACUUCACUGCUACCCAUGUUGCGAUGGGCACUGGUCCGCUCAACAAGCCCCACCUUCCGGGUGUGGAGGGAUUGGAGAAGUUUAAGCGACCCGCUAUGCACACGGCGCGCUGGGACUUUGAGGUGACGGGCGGUGGUUGGAACGACGAGGUCAUGGACAAGCUCAAGGACAAACGCGUUGGCAUCAUCGGUACUGGUGCCACGGCUGUGCAGUGUAUCCCGCAGCUUGGACGCGACUCGGGUGAACUGUUCGUGUUCCAGCGCACGGCUAGUGCCGUUGCCGUUCGUGGUAACCACGAGAUCGACCCCGAGUGGUUCGCCAACCUCGAAAAGGGAUGGCAGGCCAAGUGGCUCUCCAACUUUGUCACCCUUAUGUCUACGGGCAUUGCCGAUGUUGACCACGUCCACGACGGGUGGACCGACAGUGUGAAGCGUAUCACUGGACGCAUGAUUCAGGAGGCCGUUAAGAACGGCAAGAACCCAGCCGAGAUGGGAUUCGCCGACUACAUCAAGGCGUACCAUCUCUCUGAUGACGAGUACACGACUGCUGUGCGAGCACGCACCGACGAAAUCGUCAAGGACAAGAAGACGGCCGACGGACUCAAGGCCUGGUACCGCCAAUACUGCAAACGGCCCUGCUUCCACGACGAGUACCUCGAGACGUUCAACCGGCCCACGGUCCACUUGGUGGACACGGACGGCCAGGGCGUCGAGCGUAUCGACGAGACUGGCGUCUGGGCGAAUGGCAAACACUACGAGCUCGAUGUUCUGGUCUACGCCACUGGCUUCGAGUUCUCGUCGUCGUACACCAAGCGCUCGGCUCUCGAAGUAUACGGCCGCAACGGUCUCGCACUCUCCGACGCAUGGGGCGAGGGUAUGAAGUCGUACCAGGGCAUGCACGUCCGCGACUUCCCCAACCUCUUCAUCGUCGGUAUCUUCCAGGGCGCCUCGCUCAUCAGCAACGUCACCAGCAAUUUCACCGAUGCUGGCUUGACGAUUGCCGCCAUGCUCAAGAAGGAGAAGGAACUCGGUACAAAGGUCAUCGAGACGUCUGUACAGGCGCAGGAUGACUGGGUCAAGCUCAUCCUCUCGAACACGAACAAGAUCACCGGCGGACCAGAGUGCACGCCCGGCUACUACAACAAUGAGGGACACGAGGAGGGCGAAAAGGAGCGCCUCGACGGCGGACGGUACCCCCACGGCUCGCACAAGUACUUUGCGUACAUUGAUGACUGGCGCACCAACGGCCGGUUCGAGGGCAUCGAGUUCGACGGCCAGGAGGUGGCUGUGGCCGCCUAA